CAUGGAGACACCAGCGGCACCACACUGACACCGGAGCGACUAGUUUGGGUUGGUUAGACUAGUAAAAUGAUUUAAUCUGGUUCGUUUGUGAUUUAAGGGACUGAGGACUGAAGAUGAGAGGAUUACUGAGCGGCCUGAUCAGACUCAAUACGCCUGUCUUACGAUCUACUAGGUUAAACAGUAGUGUUUACACCAGCAGCAGUGGUAAGAAGGAAGGUUACAGUAAUGACCAGAGAGGGUCCAGGUGGAACAGUGGUGCUCAGAGAUGUUUGAGUAAUUACUGUAACAAUGGGAGACAGUUGAGGUGUUACAGUACUGACCGUCCACAGCUGAGGUGUUACAGACUGACCCACAGGCGUGUGAUUAACAUCAGAGGACAGGACACCAGCUCCUUCCUGCAGGGUCUCAUCACUAAUGACAUACACCUGCUGGAGGAAGGACCACACCCGGCUCUGUACGCCCACAUGCUGAGCGUGCAGGGCCGGACUCUCUUCGACGUCAUCAUCUACAGGUUACCAGAGAGCUCAGAUGAAGUUCUCCUGGAGUGUGACGGCUCGGUCCUGGACUCCGUCACGCGCCACCUGAAGACCUACAAGAUCCGCCGUAAGGUCUCGUUGGAACCCCGGUCAGAUCUCUCUCCGUGGGCAUUACUGGCGCACAACUGGCACUCCACACCCACCGGGGACAGGACCACGUUCACUCCAGAGCUGAAGGACCAGAACAGGGUGGUGGUGAUGGCUCAGGAUCCCAGAACUCACCUGAUGGGCUGGAGGGUGAUCUCCGGGACUCGGGAGGACCCGUCGGAUUUCAUGGCAUCGUGUAGCCAUGGCAACACCGAGGAAUAUCAUCGCCAUCGCUACAGACUCGGGGUACCGGAGGGUGUGAGGGACCUCCCCCCGGGCGACGCCCUCCCUCUGGAGUCCAACCUGGUCUUCCUGAACGGGAUCAGCUUCUCUAAAGGCUGCUACCUCGGGCAGGAGCUCACGGCCCGCACCCACCACACCGGCGUCGUCCGCAAGCGCCUCAUGCCCGUCAGCCUCUCCGUACCCGCCGAGAACCUGCAGCCGGGGGGCGCCAUCCAGUCCCACACGGGCAAACCGGCAGGGAAGCUCAGGUCAGGGGUCGGGGAGCUCGGGCUGGGCCUGGUCCGACUGAAUCACGCCAAAGAGACGCUCACGCUGACCAACCCUCCGGACGAGAGGGUGACCGUCACGGCGACGGUGCCCGGAUGGUGGCCCGGCGACGUCAGGGAAACGUUCGAAACGUGAUGGUGGGCGAUUAUUAAAGAUAAUGCACGUUUUAUUAUGUUUAUAUUGUUUGUUUCAAUAAAUUUGUGGACAUUAAAGCUUCAA